AUGGUCCAUAUAUCUCUUCCCCGGGGACUACCUCACCUGGGGUCUAAGAAUAAGGACAAAGACAAUGGCAACGGCUCUGGUGGAAAUGGUAAUAGAAGGCCAAGUUCACCAAGACUUGGAAGCACUGCUAGCAAUACCACUCUGUCUGAUCAGAAGCCACUCAUACUCAAGGUUUAUGUCAUUAAGGCACAAAACCUGGCUGCAAAAGACAGAUCUGGCACCUCUGACCCGUACCUCGUUGUCACUCUUGGGAACGCAAAACAGGCCACCCCCACCAUUAGCAAAAAUCUAAACCCUGAGUGGAAGAUAUGCUUCGAUAUGCCGUUGACUGGCGUCCCACUGCUUGAAUGUACCUGUUGGGACAAGGAUCGCUUCGGGAAAGAUUACAUGGGCGAGUUCGACAUUGCAAUUGAAGACAUCUUUACCAACGGGCAAAUUCAACAAGAGCCCAAGUGGUACAAACUCAAAUCUACAAGAAGGGAAGGAAAGAAGUCUGGUACUGUUUCCGGCGAGGUUCUCAUCCAGUUUUCUAUUGUCGACUCUGCCAACCCUUCAGCCAGCCCGGAAGAGAUCCGGAGGAAAUUUCAGGCCUAUCUGGGUGCCCAGGAGGAUGACGACGAUCUUUCUCGAGUCUCUACAAAUGCCGAAGAUCAGUUGGCUGAAGAUGACAUUGAUGAUGCCGACAUCUUGGAAGAGGAAGCGGGGACCGACCCUGCACAGAAGGACGUGGCCAAGGAGAAGAAGAAACGACUCGCUCGCCUUCGACGCAAAUCCAUUGCUGCCAGAGCCUAUAACUUUCUCGCAGCCGAUAACGAAGUGUCGGGCAUCAUUUUUAUGGAGAUUGUAAAGGUUACCGACCUGCCCCCGGAACGCAAUAUGACUCGAACUUCUUUCGACAUGGAUCCUUUUAUUGUCGCCGCACUGGGCAGGAAAAUCUUGAGGACAAAAGUCAUCCGUCACAAUCUGAACCCUGUAUUCAAUGAAAAGAUGGUUUUCCAGGUCCUACGCCACGAGACACGCUAUUCUCUCACAUUCACAGUCAUUGAUCGUGACAAACUCUCAGGAAACGACUUUGUAGCCUCCACAUCUUUCCCCAUUCAGAAGAUUAUCGAAGCUGCACCAGAGGAAGACCCCGUCACAGGUCUUUUUGAUCUCCCUGAGCCUCCAGAGUUUUCUCCUGCUAUGGAGAAGAAGGAAGGCAAAUCUCGCUUCCGACUUCCUCUCUCUCGGUCAUCAUCAGCAAGCAGUCUUUCAAAACUUGCUCGGCCGGUAUUCAGACGAGACGACUCACAAGCUUCCAUGUCUAGUGUCAAUGGAAGUGAAGGCACCCGCACUCCAAUACCUACGAGCGCGCCAGCCGAUGGCACUUUUCUCAAGGUUUCCCAGAGCGCGGAUAACGGCGCAGCUCAACCAUCAGACGAUCCUAGCAUGAACCCCUAUACUAUCCCAUUAGAGCUGAAGAACAAGGACCGUUGGGAGGACAAGCAUAAACCCGAGCUGUCCAUCAAAGCGCGCUUCUUACCUUACACCGCUCUGAGGCAACAGUUCUGGCGAGCGAUGCUCAAGCAGUACGACGUCGACGAAAGCAAGCGAAUCAGCAAAAUUGAGCUGACGGCUAUGCUCGAUACUUUAGGCUCGACUCUGAGGGAGUCGACCAUAGAUUCCUUUUUUGCGCGAUUCGCGUCCGAAAAUGAUGAUCUUGGAGAAGCCGAUUUGACAUUCGAUCAGGUCGUCAUUUGCUUGGAAGAGCAAUUGGAGAAGAGCAAUGAGAAAAAGACGGUAUCCGAAAAACUCAAGGGCUUCAUGGGAUCAUCUGCCCAAUCAUCUCCCGACCCAGAAUACGAGGAUGACAGUCGAUUGCCCAUAGUGCCCGAAUCAAGCACAGACCCAUCCACCAAUGAAGAUCCAACCCGCCAAUCGAUACCCAUAAUACGACACCCCUCAAUUGGUGCAGAUGGAGAGGAAGGUAAACUACUCGGAAAUGAUCUUUCAGAAGACGGUGACGAUGAAGAGCACGUCAUAGAAAUACGCGAAUGUCCAAUAUGCCACCAGCCAAAACUGAACAAGCGUACGGAAGCAGACAUUAUAACACACAUCGCAACAUGUGCCAGCUCAGACUGGAGGCAAGUCAACAACUUGGUCAUGGGCGGCUUUGUGACUCAAAGUCAAGCACAACGGAAAUGGUACUCCAAGGUCAUCACCAAAAUUAGCUAUGGAGGAUACAAGCUGGGUGCUAAUAGCGCAAACAUUCUUGUUCAGGAUCGCUUGACAGGCCAGAUCAAUGAGGAGAGAAUGUCGGUCUAUGUCCGAAUAGGCAUUCGAUUGCUCUACAAAGCACUGGGAGCACGAGAAAUGGAGAAGAAGAGAAUCAAGAAAAUGCUCAAGUCUCUCUCAAUCAAGCAAGGAAAGAAGUUCGAUGACCCCGCCUCAGUGGCUCAAAUCGAAGGUUUUAUCGCCUUUCACCGACUGGACAUGUCCGAAGUCCUCCACCCAACUGCUUCGUUCAAAAACUUCAACGAAUUCUUCUACAGAGCUCUGAAACCUGGCGCUCGGCCAUGCAGUGCACCUGAUCGACCAGAGGUCAUUGUUUCACCCGCGGAUUCUCGAUCUGUAGUAUUCAAUACCAUUGAUGACGCAACAAGAAUAUGGGUCAAGGGUCGGGACUACAGCAUGGAAAAACUCCUUGGUGACGCAUAUCCUCUGGAAGCUAAGCGGUACAAAGGUGGCAGUAUGGGAAUCUUCCGUCUUGCACCACAAGAUUACCACCGCUUUCACAUUCCCGUAGAUGGGACGCUUGGAACACCCAAAACCAUUGAGGGCGAAUAUUAUACUGUCAAUCCUAUGGCCAUCAGAUCAGCACUUGAUGUAUAUGGAGACAAUGUUCGAGUGCUUGUCCCUAUAGAUUCGGUUGCCCAUGGAAGAGUCAUGUUUAUUUGCAUUGGAGCGAUGAUGGUGGGAUCUACAGUCAUCACUCGCAGACCUGGGGAGCGUGUCAAAAGAGCUGAAGAACUCGGCUACUUCAAAUUUGGAGGAAGCACCAUUCUGCUCUUUUUCGAACCAGGUCGGAUGGUUUACGACGAUGACUUGAUCGAUAAUAGCAAUGGAGCUCUGGAAACCCUGAUUCGUGUGGGCAUGUCCAUCGGGCACUCACCUCACGUGGAACCUCAUAAACCCGACAUGAAGAAAGACGAAGGCGACAUUACACUACAAGAUAGACAAGAAGCCAAACGAAGGAUCGAAGGAAGCUUGGCUCCAGAUGCGGAGCCCGAAGGAUCUGGUGGCUUGAGCUCUUUGAGUGGGGCAAACAUACAAUAA